CAAGCCGGAGGAGAGUGGUUGGACAGACAUCCGAGGUGCACGGGGGCGACCGUCCUUUCCUCCGAACAGCGUCAGGGACUUCAUGUCCAAUGUCCGCACUCCGGGCGAACAGCUCCGCGUGAGACGAUGUCCGUCUUGCCUCGGCUGAAGCCCCGAACCGCGCAUUCUAGAGGCGUUUAGCGAGAAAUCACAUUAUCACGUGACGACACUUCCAGCCCACCUCACCGGGCGAUGGUCUGCCGUUAAGGGCUCGGUGGAACCGGAGUCCAUCGGAAUAUCACCAAAAUUACGACCGGAAUCAAGUACGGUUCCCUGUCUCCCGACAACGGGAGAGACCACCGGCCGCUCGUUAUGUCUCGCGCCAAGGAGCGACUGAAAGGCGGGAACGAGACCAAGGACAGCGUCACUCUGCUGCCGUGCUUUUAUUUUGUAGAGCUCCCUAUCCUGGCGUCCUCUGUGGUCAGUCUUUAUUUCCUGGAGCUGACGGACAUAUUCCAGCCGGUGCAUUCUGGGUACAGUUGCAAUGACCGCAGCCUGUCUCUGCCCUACAUCCUGCCCAGACAGGAGGUCUGCACUCUGCCUCUGCUCUUCAGCUUGGCCUUCGCCGCUCCCACUGCUACAAUUCUUGUAGGAGAGGCCAUUCUGUACUGCUAUCUAUCCAGGAGGUCAUCAGCCACACAGACGGAGGCCAAUAUCAACGCUGCAGGCUGUAAUUUCAACUCCUACAUCCGCAGGGCUGUACGCUUCAUAGGUGUCCAUAUUUUUGGCUUGUGUGUGACAGCACUGAUAACCAAUAUUCUCCAGCUGUCCACUGGUCAGCACACACCCUAUUGGUUAGAUGUGUGCAAACCCAACUUGACCCACAUUAACGUUUCCACCUGUGAUGAAGCUUUUAUUCUGGAGGACAUCUGCUCUGGACAAGAUGUCGGGCUCAUCAAUGCUGGGAGGAAGUCUUUUCCUUCACAGCAUGCAACUCUAGCUGCCUUUGCUGCUGUCUACAUCUCGAUGUACUUCAACACAGUGCUGACAGACUCUGCCAAGCUACUGAAGCCCCUCCUGGUGUUCUCUUUCGUCAUGUUGGCCAUCCUCGCUGGGCUGACGAGGAUCAUCCAGUUCAGAAACCAUCCUGUGGACGUCUACUGUGGAUGGUUACUGGGAUCUGCCAUUGCUGUUUAUCUGGGCGUCUAUGCAGUUGGAAAUUUCCAGCCCAGCGAGGAUCGGUCCAGAAGUCGUGCAUCGACCUCCUCCCCGAGAGAGCCCCCCCUUACAUCCUUGCCCAAUGUCAGUCAAUCUGCGAUUAUCAACAGCCACCAAGGUCACCACACCCUUGCUCCCAGCCAACCAGAGCCCAUCAUCACAAGGACCUCCUCCCAUACAUUGUCCCCCAACCAACCAGAACCCAAAUUGACACGAAGCGCCUCCUACCGAGAGCCAUCCCUGUCCAAUCUGACGCGAGCCAGCGCUGAGGUGGAGGUGAUAACCCCAUCUAGCCCCCUGGGUAACCAUGACAACAUGAUGACCUUCAGCAGCAGCACACUGCCAAGGUCUCACGGAGGCUCCUCAUUGGAAGAGGGCCGCAUUCCACGCCGUCACGCAUCCAUCCACACAUCAAUGGACUCAACCCGAUCCAAACAGCUGCUCAGCCAAUGGAAAAAUAAAAACGACAACAGAAAGCUAUCCCUGCAGGUGAUGGAUGGAAUAAGACCAGCCUCCUCCUCAUCUCCUCAGAGGAACAUGGAACUGCGCUGCUCCUCCGAACCUUCAGCCAUGGGCCUGGAGGACCACCGAGGUGGAAUACACCUGCCUUCACUUAUUGCUUUUCAGGAAACAGAGCUGCGUGCUGGGGCCCACAUUCCAGCUCAGUACAUGAAACUAGCAGCAAGCUCUGUUCCUAUGGCCAAUCAUAACCACCUGACCCAUAAUGGCAGCACCGGAUUGACUGGUGGGGCCAGAGUAUCUAUCCAAUCCCGACCCGGAUCCUCACAGCUGGUUCACAUUCCUGAGGAGGAAAAUCUCACCAGCAGGGAUCAGGAAAGUGAAUCAGAGGACAGUAUUAUGGAUGGGGGCGGGUCAGUCAGGGAAAAGUGGCUAAGAGUGGCUGAGAAGACCACAAUCCCCUGCCGGCCGCUCAGUGCUGGAGGACAGCCUCGUCUUAUGCAGGUGAUAACCUUAUCCAAACAGCAGGGUCUCCUGCACUCCCCUCGGUCCGAGGAUGGAGGAAGUACCGUAAGCUGCACCGGAUCCAUUCGAUACCGAGCCCUAACGGACCAGGACAUAUCACCCCCGGCUUCCACCACUGGAGCAGUGGGAGGAGGAGGAGGUUUGGAAAGAAGUGGCAGCAUAGUCCGUGUUGAAGCCCACCCAGAGUCCAGAUCAAAUAAACCGGUGGUAAAACCUCCGAGUAACGACGGAAGUGGCUCCUGGCGAUGGAAACCACCAGAUCAACGUGCUUCGCUGCGACAGUCGGCUUUUGCCCUCAACGACUUGAACAGACACACAGACAGCUGUGAUUCGCUGAGGGAUGGAGAGUCAGUGGAUGGGCGAAGGAGCGUUACAGGAACAGAAUCUGAGAGUGAAGGGGGAGGUGAUGGAGGGGGAGGAGGAAUGGGUAGUGGGGGAGGUGUGUACACCAACCACCCACAUGUUGUACACCCUCUACAUCCCUUGCAUCCCAAUAACCCCAACAACUUCCAGCACCCCAAUUUUAACCCCAAUAAUCCCAACUGUAAUAACCCCCACUUUAACUUCAACCCCAACUCUGUCAACUUCAACCCUGACUCUGGCAACUACAGCCCCAACUCUGCAAACUACAACCCCAACUCCACCAACUUCAACCCCAACUUUGCCAACUUCAACCCCAACUCGACCAACUUCAACCCCAAUUCGGCCAACUUCAACCCCAGCUCAACCAACUUCAACCCCAACUCCGCCAACUUCAACCCUAAUACUACCAACUUCAACCCUACCACGACCAACUCCAUGCCAUUUAUUCCCACUGCUUCCUUUGCUCCUCCCUUUCACCCCCACCCUCAGGCCCUCACAACAAUAAGGGUCACCCCAGUGGAGGGCACGACAGCCAGCAGCGACGGUGGCUCCGACUGCCAGUCGGUUGCAUCGUCCAGCCGUGAGUCCACGCUGCGGAGGAAGAGUGGCUCCCAGUUCAUCCACGCCCCCGAACGGGGGCCCACCCCUGACCUCCACAAUAACCACCACCUCUCUGACGACAGUAACCGCAUCGACAACAAAAGCAGCAGCCGUUUCCACGAAAACCUUCGAAGUUUCCAAGAGAACCCCAUGCACCCUAACCACCCCAAUCAAGGCAGUAGGCAGUUGCAGGGGAUGUUUGGCCGUCCAAACCCAACCCCCCCCCCUACCUUACCACGCCCCAUUCUGAGUCACACUCCGCCCCCUACUGUGGGUUUGGCCUAUAAAGAAUGACAUACUCAAUUAAUUCUUCUUCACCUGGGAUACAGAAUAUGGCUAGUACUUUCCACCAUUAUUGGUAAGCCAACAGAGUCAUGGCCAAAAAAACGUGUCAACAUCUCACCUGGCCAAUUAGGGUUAAAAACUCCAAGGCAUCUUUAGUACCCGAUAGAAUAAAUGUCUGGAGAGCCAGAGAGAGUAGUACACAAUUACCACGGCCCAACAUUUGCAACUGGUUAAUAAGAAGGAAUUAUAGACAGGGGCCAAUAUAAGCGGAAGGAAGAUGAUUCAACAUUUCUUCUUGUGUUUCUUUUUUUAUAAAUGUAAAACAUUGAGUGCACUUUCUCCAUAGGGCAAUGGACUACAUAAACUGCUGAUCCUGUUACUUGAGGGAGAGACUUCAUUCCCUCGGUGUGUCCAAUAGUCCCUGCAAGUGAGGAUGGACUAAGCCUAAUGACUCUCCGCCUCUUUCCUCUGACUGCUAAGUCAGGGGGUAACUUCUUCACAAUAUUUAUACUCUCAGCUCUUAUCCUUUAUUCAAACACAGAUACAAAUAUUGAUACAUACAUUUACAAGUAACCACAUGUAAUUAGUUGGAAAAUUGCAUUGAAAGCCCCUAUCUGUGCUGUGUUUGUGCUUAUGAAUCGGGGUGGCCUCAGUGGAAAUUAAACUCAGUCUUUAUUGUGUCUGGGCUGCUUGAAGUCCCUUUUAGGCAAUAACAGUAUCUCUUAGUUGAUGGUGGAGUUCUGUUUUUGUUGGAGAAGAACAAUAUCACCUAAAAUACUCUUUAUGGAUGUACAGUAUAUGAAUAAUUCUGACUGUUUAGUAGCUGUUCUGAACACUGGCACAAUCCUCUGAACAAACUUGGACUUGGACAAGUUUUUUGUUUGAUUUGUUUUGUUUGGUUCAUUUCAUCAGCUCAUUAUAUCUCCCAGUAUUAAUGUGUAGGUGUAAGUAACAAUUAGUUCCAUGGCAGUUGUUGGGGGAAAAAAACCAAAUCGAAUGUUUUUAGAAUAAAAUUGCAAUACUUUUGAGAAAAAGGGUGUCCCUCGGUAAAUUUUAAAGUAUAAUUUUGGUCAGUACAAAUUUAAAACUUAAAUUUUACAAAAAAAGAUCAUAAUACUACAAGAACAUUGUCUCUUUUUAAUUGUUUGGUCAAACAGACCUUACAACCUUUUACUUUGGGACGUCAAUAAUCAACCUCAGUUUGACACGUACGCUGUUCUAACCUGUUUUCAACCAUAGAAUAUCAACAGUAGUUUAUCAAUUAAUAACUUUUUCUUGUUCACGUACAUCUUUAUUUGGAACAGAUUACUUUUAUUUAACUAAUGUAUUGUUGAAAUCAGUAUUUUUUCUAACAUACACUCUGUCUUAGUCAGAGUGUGAUAUAUGAUGCUUACUUUGCUCUUGUAGUGUACAUGUGUUUGAAUUCAUGAAGUAGGAAAUGCAGAGAUUUCUACACCAUGAAUCCUGGAGAAAAUAACACAUAUUUACUAAGAUAAUGAACAGACUGUCUGGACUAUUUGUCCAACAAAACUCUUGAUAUUCUUGCCAGUUUUUACAUUAUUCUUGAGCUUAGUGCCCAAGUGCUAUCAAAAGAAAAGUCAUGUGGCUAUGGGCUUGUCACAUAGAGUUAGUGCAGGACUAGAAUGAAUCUGCUUGAAGCAAAGAUCUCAAAGUUUGAACAUGCAAAACUUUAGAAAGCACAAUUGCUGCAGAUAUAACAAUACAGGGUCUUGUAUUGCUGUGUACAUAUUUGUAUAUUUCUGUAAACUUCCACCUCUGGUCAGUUGUGCUCUUCUGCGUUUGUAUGUCAGAAGCUGUGAUAAAGAUUUAGGUCAUGGUGUUGCAUGAGAUGAUGGAACUACUGCUAAUGGCGUUGUAGAGCAACUCACAUGUUUGGAAUCGACACCAGCUGAGUAGAGGACUUAUAUUAUAAUGUUUCAGCAUUUAUAGGGAUUAUAUAUUUAAACAAGUGAAUAUACCACGUCUAAAUGGUUGUGUGUGACAGUCACUACCCAACUCCUUUACAUUUGUCUUUUCUACCUUACAUCAAGAACUGACUCACAGAUUAAGAUCUAGAGUUUGCAAGGUAGUGCCCUCAUUGGUCAACAAUUAACACUGACUUUAAUCAUGAGAAGGCUUUAACAGGGUUUCUGUGCCCAGUGCAGUAAUCACAUGGUCUUAUUCUACUCUUUUCUGUUUUAUUGCAGCGCGUUUUCAUUUGAUCUGGAAUUGUCUUUAAACGACCAGACAUUGGCUUAUAUGAACAUUCCAUAUAGAGUAGUGAUAAAGUUGUAGAGGAAACAAGCUACAAUACCCGUGAUGCAGAUGCUUGGUUUGAAUUUAAACGGAAACAUAAUCUUUCAAAGGAGAAGGAGAGCAUUUAAAUAUGUGGAGGGUUUUAACAACAAUUUUGCAACAAUUUUUCAUAUUUCAGCCAACAGCUUUGGUCGAAGGAAGUCCUGACUCAAUGACCUUUUGGGGGAAUAUGUACCUGGCAAUCAACAUAAUUUAAUGAUAUUGUAAACAGCGGUGUAUUGAGUUAUGGAAAACAUUUUUAGAUAUAGAUGAAAGAGGAUAUUUUCUGGCAAGUAAAAAUUGUAGCCAUUUUGCAACUUUGAUAAUAGACACUUGCCAAAAUCGUAGUUAUUUCGCCACUACAGAGCAGCAGUAUCUCAUUGCAGUUUAAUGUGUAAAUGUAUGCAUGUACGGGGGCCAUGUUUUAUUUAUAGCCCAGGCCAAUAAAUAUUUUUUUUGGAUAUUAAAUGAAAGUGUAUAUGCAACCAUGAAUGUUAGCCAAGAAUUGACCAAGUGCUAUACCCUUAAUUGACCUUUCCUGAGCCCCAGCCCCCCCUGUUUUCUCAGAAGCAAGCUUUCCAUAGUGCUGCUAUGCCUCUGUCCCACAGGCCUGCGCUGCCUUUGCCACUACGUAUGUUGAUGUAGAAACAACAAGAUCAUCUUUGCCUUGAAAUGUUUGCAGCUUGUGUAGAGGAAGACCAACUAUAGCCACAAGUGAAGUUGAUAGGUAGAAUGGCAUCGGCGGGUGGAUGUAAAUCGGUUAUCAGCCCCAAGUCCCCGGCCUCACACAAAGCUGCUUUACCCGCCUAAAGCUUGCAAAUAUUUUCUCACGACAAACAUGGCAUGAAAUAGUUGUGCUAUUAUUGUAACACAAUCCAGAGUUUAGAAUUUAGUCCUAUAUGUCCAAUAUAUCUUUGCAUACACACAUUUUGUGAGGCCUAUUCAUUUCUGGAAUAUUUAUCCAGGAUACUCAUUUUAUGAAUUGACUGUGAUGCGGUGAUGCAGUCCCUGUACAAAGAAGAAAUUGCGAACAUGAAAGUGUAUUCCUUUUGUAUAGUCUUGGACGACAAAGUAUAUUUUGAUACAAUGGAUGUGUAGUAAUGUAGUUUGUAAUCAAACACAAGAAAUGUUAUCCAAUUUGAUGUAAAUGGCAUGUCAGUGGAUUUUAAUUUGAGUUAGAUAUGCUACAAGUAAAUAUUUUUAAGUGAAUAUUGUACAUUUGUGUAUAGUUUUAAGAGCUUCUAGUAACAGCAAGGAAAUAAUACGUUUGGUAUAAAAGAUGCAUUUGAAAGGCUUAUAUAUGGUCUCGUGCAAAAGACAAAUGAAUUUAGAAUAUUGAUGUGUUUGAAGGGAAGAACUUGGGUUACGGUUUGUUAAGAAAGGUCCAUAAUUGUCAAUUCCUUUUUUAAGUAUUCUGAUAUAGCUAUUUUUCAAUCAAUUGGUACAUUUACAAUGAUGGUUUUUGCUAACAGAAAGGUUUUCUUUAAGAGCCUAGUGACUGAACUGAAUUGAAGAAGCCCCAAAUGCAUUCCAGGUGGUCUGAAUAUGUGUGCCGACAUAUGGUUGGAGUAGUAGGAGGUGGUGCGAUGUAAUCUCAGUGUCCAAGCAACUUGUUUACCCCUUCAUGGAAUUGUGCCAAUUUCAAGUAUGUGAUUACAUUGUUACGGUGAGCCCAAUAACAGCAUUCUAAUGAAAGAGAUAAAAUCAAAGACCAAAUGGACCCAAUUCGUCUUGUUUUACUGCUGACAUGGUUUCAUUUGCAACUAAGUCUAGUUUUAGUAAAUAUUUUAUGAUUAGGAUGAUAUUUUGACACCUCUGAACUAUUUAUCAUAAUGUGCUUAGCUACUUUCAUUAUUACCUUUGGAGCAGUCAAUCAAAAAUGUCUUUGCAAUCAUUACUUUCUUCAUCCAUUGUUACUAUUUAUAAAAUGACCAUAUUUGAAAUAGCCGAUGAUCAAGUGUGUUUAGAACAAUAUUCUGAUGGUAAUAAUCCGUUCAUUAUCUCACUUGGAUACAAAGGUUCCUUGGGUUGUUAAUUGUUAUGUUAGCAGCUACAAAGCUAGCCUUCAUGCUGCCAUUUGUAACACAAUUAAUGAUUCCUGGUUACAACACAACCGCUGCUAAAAUUCUCUCUUGAAAAAAAUGUGAAUUAUCCACGGAUACAUGCUAAUGAAUUCUUUCUUAUUUUUAAUAAUCUGUUACUUUUGUCUUUUUCUUUCAUUAAAAUUCUGUUGAUAUGAUAUAAUAUACAGAUAUUUUUGAUCAGUGUAUGUGAAAGAGAUUUUUCUAUAUCUGCUUGUCAAAUGUCUUGCUCAUUACCAUGGCAAGCAAUUUCACUCAAAUGAGUACAUGGUUGCUAUAACUUACAGUUAGCACUAGCCAACGUGGAAUGCUUACUUUGAUUGCAACAAAAAUCAGUUGCAUUCUGCAAAUGUCUCUUAAGGAUCCUUAAAAGCAACCAAAUUGCAUUUCUGCCGUAAGUCAGUUUACCAGCUGCUGGAAUUUUGUUAAUUUUCUUUAACAAACUGCUAAAGACUGCAGACUGCAGACCGCUGUUGCCUCCCAGGAACAGGUCACAUCAGCAUGCUCAUACAACCUAUACAAUGGAAAGCACUUCUAAUCAGAUAUAGGAAUCUGGUGUGGUUAUCAGCAGACGGAUUGCUUGUCCAAUAUUGGUUGCCGACAAUAUAUAUAUAUACACACACACAUAUUUAUGUAAAAAUAAAUGUUUAUGGUAUAUUUCAGGAUUCAUGAAAAUACACUUAAUUUAUUUCUUUGAGGGAAGAAUCUCAUUUGUGCACAUUAAGUCAAGACAGGACGCAGGAUGAACAAGCUUGCCUGCUUCUAUCUGGAGUUCAAAAAUACAACUACCAACAAAAGCUGACUACAUAACUGUGCAUGCCAAGAGAAAUGUUAGCGUGACAGCUUAUAACUUCUUGGAGAGUUGCACACUUCAACUGUUCUCUAGAAAAGAAAUCAGAUGAGUGUAUUUCACAAUAUCCUACUAUUACAAUAAUAUGAUCAUAAAAGUUGAUUGUCAAUACUGUCAGGACUGUUACCAUGUUACUGAAAUGAGAGACAAUGCUAUUACAUAAUAAGUUAUAUAAAACCAAUAGGAUCCAAAAUGAGUGGAUGUAACACAGGACUAAUUCUUAUUGAAAGUCUUAAUGUAGGUUUUGUUCUGUAGCUG